GAGCCUCCGCUGGUUCUUCAGCAUACCGAUAGUAUCAUACUUCAGCAUCGUACCGGCACGGUAUCUAUGCUAGCGAGACACGGUAGUGCACCGUAGUACCGUUUCGCCCGUAACAACGAGAACAGCGACAAUGACGCCCACCUUCAACCUUCUCCUCCUCCUCACCUCGCUACGCCUCCUCUUCUUCCCCACGGUGAUCCUCGCUGGCACCGGUAAGCGCUCCUAUUGCACGCUCACGGGAACACACACCUACCACGACAACUUUGGCCCACUAUUCGUCGAAAACCGGUACGCCUGCACCUUCCCGCCCUCCCACCGCCCUCCCCCUGCUAGAAUCUACGCCGAUAGCACCUGGGGUCCCAUCCGCCUACCGCCGCCCUGGGACCACCCGGCGGGCUCACAAGCCGGCGAUGCACGAGUCGCCGAGCGCGGCACCGUAAUCAGCGAGGCGGUGGACUACGCACGGCAACUCCGCGAUUCCCAGCAGAAACACCAGAUCGUGUCCUACGGCUGCGGGUACCUCCCGAACGCCCGGCGACUGCCGCAUAGCAUGUACUCGAAUCUGUUCUGGGGGGUCAGUCAGCUGGCUAACCAGACCUGCCUCGCACCCGGCGGGAUGGUCGAGUUCGUGGACUAUCACCGGCCCUGGACGGCGGAUUGGCGGUUCACCAAUUUGAACCGUGGCGAGGAGACUAUUUGCGAUUGGUAUACUGAGUUGGCGAAUGUUGGGAGGGCGCUGCAUUACUUUUGCUACCAUACGCUCGGGAGGCCCGGGAACGAGGAGUUUAGCGGUGGUGAGGAGAUUGUUGCCUUCGGGAGGGAUUCCGAUGAGCGCCGCGGACAGAGGUGGUGUUUGAGGUACUCGAAGAAGGGGUGGGGGGAGAAGUUGUUUGAUGAAGAAUGUUUGGGCUUAUGAUUCUUUCGGUGGAAUAAUUCAUGCGGUGUACUAUAGGUAUAUAUGGAUGGAAGCCUCCCCAUCUAUCGUCCACGCUAUCACAAAUCGUAUUGAGUUUGCAUGCCACG